AUGUUCGUCAUCGCGGUUGUGAUUGGCACGGUGAUAGGACGUCGCCAGGAUCGCCUGAAUCGCGACCCACCAAGGAAUCCCCUAGAUCACACUACGUCGACACAUAACACAGCCUACUCCAUGAACCAAAGAUCUUCAAACUCUAAUCAAACCCCUCCUCAAAAUGUUUAUGGGGCUCGACCAACUGGACAAAAUGCCGCCUCCCCGUACCGCAUGUCCUACCCUCAGCAACCCCCAAACAUAUCCUACCCUCAGCAACCCCCAAACACAUCCUACCCUCAGCAACCUCCAGACACGUCCUACCCUCAGCAACCCCCAGCCACUGCAAAACCACCCCCUGCACUGUAUUUUUCUGGCAGAGAAGCCCCUCCACCAUAUCCGGGAUAA